AUGAAUCUGAACUACACGUCCCCGGUGCCUCAGAUGCCAGCCCAGAGGUCAACGUCGUUCUUCAUCGAAGAUAUUUUAUUACACAAACCAAAGCCCCUGAGAGAGGUAUUCCACUUGCCGUUCUCAAGCUCUCUGGCUUCCCGGAUGCCUCUCCUAGAAUAUGGAUACCCACUGAUGCCCACUCCGAUACUAGCGCCUCACCCGCACCAUCAUCUACACAAGCCGGACCAUCACCAGUAUUUCUUCACGUCUGGGAUGCAAAUGCCGGGGUUAUUUCAGCAUCAUCCGGAGUUACCGGGCAAGCAUUGCAGACGAAGGAAGGCGAGAACGGUCUUCUCGGAUUCGCAACUAUCUGGUCUGGAAAAGAGAUUUGAGAUACAACGGUACCUAUCCACACCAGAACGAGUGGAGUUGGCAACAGCCUUAAGUCUCUCGGAAACCCAGGUGAAAACAUGGUUUCAAAACAGAAGGAUGAAGCAUAAAAAGCAACUGAGGAAAACACAAGACGACCAGAAAAAUCCGAAUGACAUAGAUAGAUCCAUGGAGAACUCAAGUGAGAGUGAACUCAACGAAAAAAACACAGAUGAUGUUACCAGUGGAAUCGACCCAGACUCAUACAUGUUAGAGGAAAAUGAGGACGAUGUUGAUAUCGAGGAUGAUAUUUGCUCGCCAGAACGUUCACUAUAG